GUUUUGGUUACAAAGAGAUUUUUCUAUUCUUGUUAUUGUUUUGCUUCCGGAAGUGAAGCAAAAUCCUUCAAAAACAAAACAAGAGUCUUCUAAAUAAAGGGAAAGAAUGUUUGGUGACACAGAAAUGAGAAUCAUUUGGUGUUAUUAAUAAUAACCUUUUGGUGUCGUCAUACUUUCAUGCCCAUAUGUAUAAGCAGCCUUGGUUCUUUUCCAAGGUUUUGAUCAAAGCCAUGACUAAACCUCCUCCAUUUUCUCUCCUGGCCUUUAGCUGCUUCCUUUUAUUCUUCUUCUUCUCCUCCUUCUCCUCCGUUGUUUUAGCACUCACGGAUGCAGAAGCCUCAUUCAUUGCACAACGACAGCUCUUGACAUUACCCGAGGGUGGUGAUCUUCCAGAAGAUAUUGAGUAUGAGGUCGAUCUCAAGUUGACAUUUGCGAAUCAGAGGCUUAAGAGAGCUUAUAUUGCUCUACAAGCAUGGAAAAAGGCGGUCUAUUCAGACCCAUUUAACACCACAGGAAACUGGGACGGCCCGCACGUGUGUGACUAUACAGGCGUGUUCUGCGCACCAGCACUUGAUGAUCCUAACAUCGCAGUUGUGGCAGGGGUAGAUCUUAACGGUGCAGAUAUUGCAGGACAUUUACCAGCUGAGCUUGGUUUGUUGACAGAUGUGGCCAUGUUCCAUUUGAAUUCGAACCGAUUCUGUGGUAUCAUACCCAAAAGUGUCAAUAGGUUGAAGCUAAUGCAUGAGUUCGAUGUCAGCAACAAUCGGUUUGUUGGACCUUUCCCUUCUGUCGUUGUCUCGUGGCCAGCUGUUAAGUUCAUCGACCUAAGAUUCAAUGAUUUUGAAGGUCAAGUUCCUCAAGAGCUUUUCAAGAAGGAUCUUGAUGCAAUUUUCUUGAACAACAACAGGUUCACUUCCACCAUUCCUGAGUCACUCGGAGAAUCCUCAGCCUCCGUUGUGACCUUCGCUCACAACAAAUUCAACGGUUGUAUCCCUAAAAGUAUUGGAAACAUGAAGAAUCUUAACGAAAUCCUCUUUAAGGAUAACAAUCUCGGAGGUUGUUUUCCGUCAGAGAUUGGAAAGCUAGCUAAUAUGAAUGUUUUUGAUGCUAGCAUGAACUCAUUCACCGGUGUUUUACCACAGAGUUUUGUUGGGCUUACCGGAGUCGAAGAGAUUGAUAUCUCUGGAAAUAAACUCACCGGGUUUGUACCGGAGAAUGUAUGCAAAUUGCCUAAGUUAAGUAACUUGACCUACGCAUACAAUUACUUCAAUGGACAAGGUUAUAUGUGUGUACCAGGUAGUCAGACGGAUAUUUCAUUUGAUGAUACACGUAACUGCUUGCCAGAUAGGCCUAAACAACGGUCGGCAAAGGAAUGUGCAGUUGUUAUUAGUCGUCCUGUUGAUUGUAGUAAGGACAAGUGCGCUGGUGGUGGUUCUAGUCCUACUACACCGUCGAAGGGGAAGCCACCAUCACGGGUGCCAACUAGGCCUGUACACAAACCACAACCACCAAAAGAAUCACCAAAACCAAAUGCCCCACAUAAUCAGUCUCCUGUGAAGUUUAGACGUAGCCCACCUCCACCACCGGUUCUGUCUCCUCCUCCCUCACCGCCGAUGCAUUCUCCACCACCACCAGUCCAUUCACCACCACCCCCACCGGUCCAUUCUCCACCACCACCACCAACACCGGUCCAUUCUCCUCCACCACCACUCAAUUCUCCACCACCACCAGUCCAUUCUCCACCACCACCCGUCCAUUCUCCACCACCACCGGUGCAUUCACCACCACCACCACCGGUCCAUUCUCCUCCACCACCAGUCCAUUCUCCACCACCACCCGUCCAUUCUCCACCACCACCGGUGCAUUCACCACCACCACCGGUGCAUUCUCCUCCACCACCGGUGCAUUCACCACCACCACCGGUUCAUUCUCCUCCACCACCGGUGCAUUCUCCUCCACCACCGGUGCAUUCACCACCACCACCGGUCCAUUCUCCUCCACCACCACCGGUCACUUCUCCUCCACCACCGGUCCAUUCUCCACCACCACCUGUGCAUUCACCACCACCACCACCAGUCCAUUCUCCUCCACCACCGGUGCAUUCACCACCACCACCGGUCCAUUCUCCUCCACCACCACCGGUCACUUCUCCUCCACCACCGGUCCAUUCUCCACCACCACCUGUGCAUUCACCACCACCACCACCAGUCCAUUCUCCUCCACCACCGGUGCAUUCUCCACCACCACCGGUCCAUUCUCCACCUCCACCGGUAUCUUCUCCACCACCACCACCACCACCACAUGUCCAUUCACCACCACCACGGUUCCAGUCUCCACCACCACCGCUGGCCCAUUCACCUCCACCACUGGACCAUAACCCGCAACCACCAAUAAAGUCACCACAACCAAAUGACCCUUUUGAUCAGUCUCCAGUGAAGUUCAGGCGUAGCCCGCCUCCACCACAACAAUCACACCCAGUGGUUUCUCCUCCGUCUCCUGUUAACUCUCCACCACCGAUAUAUUCUCCACCGCCAACACCGGUUCAACCUCCACCAGAAACACCUGCCAACUCUCCUCCCCCACGAGCACCAACACGGACAGUAGAAGCAUCACCUCCAAGUGAAGAAUUCAUCAUGCCAACAAUCAUUGGCCACCAAUAUGCAUCGCCACCACCUCCAAUGUUUCCGGGCUACUAAUAUUAGAGAGAUAAUACAAGUUGAUGUUAUGAAUCAUGUCGUGAGAAGAAAAAAGAAAACCGGGAAAAAAUUGAGGAAGACAGAAGAAGAACAAGCAAGGAGGGCAAUGUAUCGUAGUGGCAUUAACUCCUUACAAAUAAUUUUAUAAUGUUUGUGUAGUAAUAACAGUUAACAUAUUUUUUAGUCCGUGAAAAUUUUUUACACUUUCAAAAGAAAGAAGGUAAUUCUUAUGCUUCUUCUCUCGUGUUGUUUAAGGCCCUUUUACGAUGAUGGUAUCUUAGAAUCUA